AAUUACGUCGCAUAUUACAUAAUAAUGAAAACAAAAUUACACCGUCAAGUUAGUCAAAUCUACCAGAGUCCGUUUCAUUUCGGUUCGGUCGGUAAGUCGGUUAUGGCUGUUGUAUUUAAAUUGUCGAUGCGCGCUAACCGUAUCCGCUGCUGUAAGUCGGUUCGUAUUGGUCGGUCAAGUUUUAUUAGGGUCGGUAAAGCACGUCAGGAGCCGCACGCGAUUUGUGGAUGGCGGCAUAAACAAGAAUUGACAGGCGCGCAUGCGCGCAGCGCGAUACGAACGAAUGCCAUGGUAGAACCGGUUUACGAAGACGUUAACCGAUUCAACUCGGUCCAUGCUCAAACCGGUUUGAACCGGUUUGAAAAGUCAAGUCGUUACAUCUCUAGUUUUCCUGCAGUUGUUUUCUUUCAGGUCAGGUGUUUUCUCAUCAAAAUGGAUCUAAAUAAUCCUCAGAAUCAAAGUUAUUGGUUUGUUUUGAGAGAAGAUCAAAGCAAUGUGUAUAAUUUUACAAUUCAUAAUCCACCAAUAUCAGGGCAAGAGACUCGGUAUAUUUUAGAUACGGUGGACAAUAGACAGUUCAUUCAACUCAAUGAGGCUCCGGUUGCGGUUACAGAAGAUACACAAGCAAAUUGCGAAAAGGAUACCAUCAAAUUAAAAGAUGAUGAUAUUUUUUGGGAUAGAGAUAAAAUUAAAUUACUUCUUACUCUUUGCUUAGACAACAAGUUCAAGAAUGCCGUUAUAGACAAAACACUAUGGAAUGAAAUAGCCACUCUUGUUGGUGCUACACCAGAAGAAUGCCACAGAAAAUUCAGGAAUCUUAAAAAAACCUAUAUCAGACUUCUGAAAAAGAAAAGACUAGGCAAACACAUUAAGUGGGUCCAUUUCAGCACAUGUGAAGAGGUUUUUAAAGAAUGUAGUUCUGUACCUUCAUCAGAGUUAGAACUGUGGGAUGAGAUCAAAGUAAAGAGACUCCUUAGUCUUUACCUAGAAAAUCUUAGUAAAUUCCGUGAUCCCUAUUGCUUGCAGAAAGAUGUUUGGAGAGAUAUAGCAUCAGCUUUGGGCACUACUGAGUAUAAUUGCUACCACAAGUUUAAAAAUCUAAAAAGAACUUAUUUAAAAUGGCUGGAGAGAAAUAAUGGAACUGGCAAGCUAAUCAAGUGGCCAUACCAUAGCUUCUUUGAGAGGAUUUAUUAUAACUACAAGCCAGCUUUAGGAGCUUGGGAUAGAAAUAAGAUAAGCAGGUUAUUGCAAGCUUAUCAGCAAAUAUCUCACAAGUUCAAAAAUCCGAAAUACUUAAAGAAAGAACUGUGGAAAGAAAUAUCUUCCAUAGUAGGUGAAAGUCCACUUAAAUGUGACAGGAAGUUUAGGAAUUUGAAGCAAACUUACAUUAGGUUAAAGAUGAGGGCAGACACAGGAAGAUCAGUCACUAAGUGGUAUUAUUAUAAAGACUUUGAAUCUAUUUAUGGUCAUACAUCAGUUCAAAACACCGAAGAACUGGGAUUCUAUAAGGAAGAAAAUUAUAUUGUGCAACUACUGUCUUUUUAUGUUGAUAAUAAGGAAAAGUUUAGAGACCGACUAAUGAAGAAAAAGCAUCUGUGGCGGAUCAUAGGGUCCAAGUUGGGCCUAUCCUCCGAAGAAUGUCAUAGAAAGUUUCGUAAUCUUAAACAAACUUACAUAAGACUGAGAGCAAGAAAGGAAUCCUCUGGAAAGUGCAAUAAAUGGCCAUAUUACUCUUACUUUGAGAAAAUAUAUUGUGAUCAGAAACCCACAUUGAACUAUUGUAAUGAUGACAGCAAUAUUGAUCACACAACUCUGUUCCAAGUUAAAAAAGCUCUGAAAUAUAUACAGAAAAAUGACAAUGAUAAAUUUGAGAAACUUGUUAGAGUUGCUGAAGAGUCUAAUGAGAUUCAAAGGGAAAGAAAUAGAAUUUUACUGGCAUUAUUAGCCAAAAAAUGAGUAUCUCAUUUAAAUUAAUGGCCCGGCUACACACUCCGUCUUGCCAACACAACAAGACAGAACACCGUAUAGUUGCCACACAUACAGAUAAGCUUAUACCAUGUGUGCAAACCUUAUAGUAUUUUAAGACCUCAUUACAUCAGGCUGUGGCAAACAGAAGAAGUUGUUUUAAUGGUAGCAUUGUAUUGUUUACUGAUAAAAAAGGAAUAAACAAACAAAACUUCCAAUAUCACUCAUUUUUAUCAAAAUUUACUAUGUAUUGUUGAUCAUAAUUUAGAGUCGUCAAGUUGAAAAAUGACUUCAGAGAUACCUAGUCACCUUCCAUUACAUCAUUUAGGACAGUGAUAUAUAGUUACAAUAAAUUUUAUAUUAAGUAUAAAGAAAGCGGCAUUAGAUAGGUACCAUAUUACUGUUACAAAAACUGACAAAUACCCAUCAAAUAACAAAUUACAAGAUACACUAUGUCCAUGCAUUACGAUCAUUUAGAUAAUCAUUAACUUUAUAAUAGCCCUUAUUCAUAAGAGUAUUCUUGAUCUGAGAUUUAAAUUUGGUUAGUGGAAGCUCAAUCAGAUCUUGGGGAACUUUGUUAAACAAUGCAGUACUACAUCCCAGAAAUGAACGUCUUGAUUUUUGGAGUCUGAAACAUGGAACGGCAAUCUUGUUCUUAAAUUUCGUGUUAAAGUUAUGGGUUUGACUUUUUUUGCAAAUGCAUCAUAGUUUUUUCUUACUUAAAUUAAAUUUACAUAAAUGUAUUGCGACGCCAGUGUUAAAAUAUUAAUUUCUUUAAAUUUUUCUCUACGUGUUACUCUUGCCUUUAAAUUAUUUAUGGCGCGAACAGCUCUCUUAUGCAGUAUGAAAAUACUUUCGAUAUUAGCAGCUGAGCCCCACAACAAAAGGCCAUAUGUCAUAACGCUAUGAAAGUAACCAAAGCCUAAGCUAAAGCUGCAGAGCUCAGUCUACUUAAUAAGGUAUCAAUAUGAGGAUCCUAUUGCAGAUGCGAGUCUAAAGUAAUACCCAGAAACUUUGUAGAAUCCACUAUCUCUACAGGCUGGUCAUUUAUUUUUAAACUAGUAUUAACCUGCCUCACAAUAGGUAAACUUAACACAUUUUGUUUUACUAGAGAUAGUUUUAAAUUAUUACCGUAACCCAGAGAGAGCACAAUUUACUUCGUCAUAACAAUCAUUUCCUCAUCUAGUUUUAAACACUAAAGAGGUGUCAUCAGCAAAUAGCACUGUCUCACACAAAUCUCUUGUAAAGUGAGGAAGGUCAUUGAUAUAAAUAAGGAAAAGCAAUGGGCCCAAUAUUGAACCCUGGGGCACGCCCAUAGAAAUGGGUGCUCUUGUAGACUCAGCUUCAUUUAUAACUACUUUCUGAAUUCUAGCAGAAAGAUAAGACUGUAUCAGACUUAGUGAAAUAUUUAGUACAUCACAUUGCUUCAUUUCAUUUCAUUUCAAAAAAUGCUAAUAGCAUCGUGCUUACUCUCCAAUAUAUCAAAAAAAUGUGUUUGAGAAGUGCAGUUCCAGCAUCAGUAGUACUUUUGCCUCUAGUGAAACCAAAAUGUUUGAAUGAAGUAGCUUAUUGUUAUAGAGUUCUCACUAAGCUCGCGUCACCGGGCCCUAUUAUUAUGUGUGAUAAGGAUUGAUCGCUAUGCGUUGUGUGUUAUGUUUACAAUUAUUAAUUACUUCUACUUUUCUUUAAUUCUUUGUUUCGAGAUUGUGUUAGGGGCCAAGGAUGUAGUUUUAUUGUUUCCUGUUUUUAAUACUGGUGACUGAACACGUUACUUGAA